AUGUAAAUAGAAGUUUAUCCAUAUACAAAAACACUUUUGAAAGUUAUUAUCAAAGAGGUAUAAAUUAAAUCUUAUUAUUUGAGCAACAAUUCAUUGGAUAUAAUAAUUAUAAAUUUAAUCUUGGUUUAGAAGAUUGUUGGAAGUGUGUUUAGAUUAAUACAAAUGUUACUUUGGGAUAUUGUAGAAUAGUUAGCAAAAUAAAAAUAAAUUUUUAAGCACUUAUUGGAGAUUUGAAAUAAAAGGAUAAUUAACUAAAAUAUUACAAUUAAGAUAUACAUAAAGAUAGUAAUUGUGAUCAUGCAUUUUUCUGUCGAGGUACUUAAAAUUUAUUCUAUAAGGGUGUUAUAAUAUGGAUGAACAAAAAACUGAUUAAGAUUUAAGUGAUUUCAGGUAAUAAGUAAGGCCUUUUAUAUGAUAUUAUUAGUGA